AUGGCGAGGCUUCCCGGUCUGCGUUGCUGUGACCUUGCCGCGCGCGGCUCCCUCCCUCCUCUCGGCCUUGCCUGCCGCCCUCGCAGGUCGCCCCGCGCCUCGGCUCUACGCUACUCGUCUCUCCAAGCUGGUGACAGUCUCGGGAAGGAUGUCUUGCGCAUGUUCCUUGAGGAUAGGCAGACGAAUGGGGACCUGGUCUCCAAAGUCGCUGACAUGGUUUUGAGGAGAAACGACACAGGUCUUGAUGUGUUAGAGGCUACCACAGAUCAAGAAAAUGCUGCAGAUGUUGGGCAACCUGAAGAUUUCAGGGAUGAUGUUAUGAGUGAGGGAGUCGUGGGAUUUGAGGCAAUUGGAGAUUUUGUGUCCGCUGAGGGCAGCCUUACUGCGAGAAGGAGGCUUUCUGCUCUGGCUGGGCAGAAAGAGAGUGAUAAAAGGAAGGAAUUCAACCUUCUGAGAUAUGAAGCAAUUAAGGACGAACUGUUGCUCUUGACCAUAGGAAUUGGAGCCGCUUGCACUAUAUAUUGUGUCCUAGUCUUCUCUGUGGAGGCUGGUAUCAGUUAUGCUUUUGGAGUUGCUUUCAGCUGGUUGUAUCUUCAACUUCUGUAUCGACACGCAGAUAACCUGUCAAAGGAAGAUGUUCCUGAAGUUUUUCUAAAGAAGAAAGUGAAGAAAAUCGGCAUUCGAAGCGAGGAUUUGAAGGAUACAAUAGAGAAGACAUUGGGUGGCUCUCUAUUUGUUCUUUCAUCCCCAAGGCUUAUAAUUCCUGCAGUGAUUUUUGGGUUGUCAACUUUUUCUAGUCAUUUUCAAAAUAGCAUUUUUAACUUUGAGCUUGUUCCAGGGAUGAUGGGGUUCUUUGCGUACAAGGCCGCAGCUUUGGUACAAGUCUACAGAGAUAACGAUGAUCUUAGAUUGAUACUCCCCGAGGACGAUCCUGACUACACCUGA